UGUGUCAGAACCAGUUGACAGCACUUCGCAAAUUGAAAAAGCAAAAAAAAAACUAAGUGUGUGUAAAUAUGGCAGACAAGGCAGAGAAAAUCGCUGCUGCAAGGAAAAAGCUCAAGCAGUACCAGGCACGGCAGAAGGACCGGGAUCAUGAUCCGCACCAGCCGCAGGAAGGUUGCACCGAACCGACCCCGCCAGACAUAGGUCAACCGUACGCGACAACAACAACAACAGAUGCUGCACACCCAGACCAGCACCAGCCGUCGUCGCCUUCGCCCCAACCAUCCUUCACCUCCGUUGAGCUCACGACACCGAAACCCUCCACAACAGUCGAUGGGCCACCCGGGGGUUCCGUUUCGAUUGCGAACUAUUUCAGCAACAACAGCAGCAGCAACAGCACCAACACCUUCGCCUUCUCCCACCAGCCCGGUGCGGUGGAUUUGUUCGAGAAUGUCGAACCAAAGCUGGCGGAAACGGCACCACCGGCACCGAUUGCUGAAGUCCGCCAGUCCGAACCACCACAGCCAGCGCCGGCGCUACCGGUCGAUGCCAGCCUGUACAACAUUAACCGGCUCUCAGACGAAAUCGGCAAUCUGAUCGCGAACGCAAACGCCGACCUCGGACCACAAAACACAAUACUCGAGCUGGAGUCGGAAAAGGCCGACCUGGGCCGCCAGCUCAACGCGGAACGGUUGGAAAACGACGAGCUGCGGCUCCGGCUACGCAACAACCAGUCGCUGGUGGACGAGCUGAAGCUCGAGAUUGACCGGUUGCGGCUGGAGAACAGCACGCGGCUCACCGUCGAGAUGGGACCGCUGCAGGAGCAGCUGCAGAUGCAGAUCCAGGCGGUCGGGGUGCUGGUGGGCGAGAAGGCCGAACUUACCGCCUCGCUGGGCCGAUGUAAAUCGCUGCUCCAGGAACGGUCGGCCGAAACGGACGAGCUGCAGCGUCGGCUGCAGGAUUCGGCCAGCGCGGUUCAGCGGCUCGAGCGCGAGCUGACCGAAGCGAAGAGUCAGGGCCAGCGGUACGAGCGGCUGGAAGAGACGAUAGCCUCCCAGGUCGGCGAGUACCAGCGGGAGGCGGAACGGUUCCGCAAGCUGCACGACGAGCUGCAGGAAGAUUUGGCCGAGCUGCGCCAAAAGCUGACCGUGCGGAACGAGGAAUAUCAAGCCGCCCAGCAGUCGCUCGAGCAGGUACGGUCCGAGCUGGGGCUGGCGAAGGUGCGCAUCGAUCAGCUCACCACGGACGAUGGGCAGGAUUACAAUGCAAAGAUUGAGUCGCUAACGCAGCAAAAUCUGAUCAAGGCGCAGCAGAUCAAGGAUCUGCAGGACGUGAUCAAGCAGAUCGGCACGGAGCGGGACCAGAGCAGCCAGCAGUACCAGAACUACGUGCUGCACCUGAACAAGGAGAUCAGCAACCUGGCGGAAAAGAUCCAGGAGCUGACGGACGAGAACAACCGGCUGGCGAAGAGCGAGGAGGCGGCCGUACGCUUUGCCAACGAGCUCGAGCGGCAGAUACAGCAGCAGAUGCAGCGGCAGCAGUCGGUGUACGUGGCGGGUCAGGAGGGGCCGGCCGGCGAGGGCGAUGGGAAGUGGCGCGAGCAGGCGGAACAGCUAACAGCGGAGCUGGACGGUUUGCGGCAAAGUUACGACAAAUUGGCACGUGAAAAGGAGGAGCUUAUGAAUGGAAACGUUUCAAACGAGGAAAAACAGAAAAACGAAUACGAAGCGCAGUUGAAGCAGUACGAAGAGCAGGUUGCCAAUCUGCAGCUUACGGUGGAACGCUUGCAACUGGACAAACCGGACGUGGCAAAGCUGCUGGCGGAGAUUGAGAGCGGUCGGGUCGGUGCUUCCCGUGCUGUGCAGCAGAACCAGGAGCUUAAAUCACAGCUGGAAGAGAUGCAGCGAGCGUUUGUGCAGAUUAGCAACGACAAGCUAAACCUCACGGAUAAGCUGCAGACGGAGUUGCACCUGGGGAAGGAGAUGAAAGCAAACUACGGCAAUCUCGAGACCGAGCUGGGUGCCAUACGCGAGAAGCUGCACUACAAGGACGAGGAGAUGAUCCGGCUGGCGCACGAAAACACCGAACUGAGCAAGCAAAUCUACCAGCAGAAUCAGGAGAUCGAUCGGUUGCGCUACUACGAGUCCCGCUCGAACGAUGCCGCCACGCUGCAGCGCGAGCUGGAGCUGCAGAAGCGCACUGCGGAGGAGCUGCGGCGCCAGCUGCGCGAAGGAUCGGAAACGCGCGCCGUGGUAGCGAACGGUGACAGUGAGCAAGCGAUUGCACAGUCCCACCCGGUGGACAGUGCCCAGCUGCAGCAGGAAAUUGACACGCUGCGGGAGGAAAAGGCCGAGCUGCUGAAGGCACUGAACCGCUUCCAGCAGGAUCGAUCGCAGGAACAGGCCGGUCAAAACGGUGGCACCACAGCAGCAGCGUUCGAUCACCAGUCGUCCAUUGUGAGCAGCAUCCCGACGAUCGAGGCGAUGGAGAAGCUGCAGCAGCGGUUCAAGCGCACCAUGCUGGAGGUGGCCGAGCUGACGGAGGAAAAGCAGCGGCUCGAGCAUCUGGUGCUGCAGCUGCAGGGCGAGACGGAAACGAUCGGCGAGUACAUCACGCUGUACCAGCAGCAGCGCCGGCUGCUCAAGCAGAAGGACAUGGAGCGCGAUCUGCAGCUGCAGCAGCUGGCGGACGAUCGGGAAAUGAUGAAGCUGAAGCUGAAGGAGCUCAACUAUCUCGUGCACCGGCUGGUACAGGAACAGCAGGAGAGUGGGCCGGAGCAGCACCAUGACGGGUUGCACAGCAGCAGCCUCAGUGGCCUGGAUGCGAGUUUCGCAACGAACAACACUACUAGUCCGAGUAGCGGUGCAUCGACACCGUCAUCACCGAUGGUGCGUGCGAACGGUGCUGAAGGGGAUUACCACCACGAACACCAUCAUGAUCACGAUCACGAUCACGACCACCAGCACCACUCUCCGCCAUUACCAAAGGUGCACAUCAAGCCGACGGAAACGGCCGGCCGCAUCCUGUCGCUGCUGACCGACAUCAAGGAGGCGAACAUUCCGUACGGCAGCGGGGUGCAGCACUGUUCCUGCUGCUCCGGACGGCUCGAGACGGUUUAGAGAGGCGCACGGGGCACGGGAACAGGCAGGUUCCCCAAGCCCUCCCCAUACAAAAGCUGUGGUAUAGUGUUUCUUGUUUGUUUUUUUAAUGGAUACUUUAUGGCAUAUUUUAUUGUGGUAAACGUUUCUUGGCGCGCAUAUAUACACACACACAAACAUCCAUAUAUUUAGCUGGCAUAGCGUGUAUUUGUACGAUCGAAAUAUAGACGCCUAACGCAAAGCAUAGCGCGUAAAGAGCA